GUGAGCGAGAGUUCAGCGGAGCCGCGCUCUCACGUCCCGAGGCAGAGCCGUAAAGAAGGUCGUCCGGAGACAGGCAGCAGAAAAUCCGGACAAUCCCUCUGCAAUUUGGAAGAGGAUGGGACGUCCCGCGGUGCUUUUGUUUCCUGCGAGAGGAAAACUUCAAUCACUUCAACGCUCCGUCUUCAUUGGUCGGUGCAGCGUUUCACGAUACCUCUCCAGGAUUGGCCCUUCAUUCCACCGUAAAGACCUGUAAGCCAAUCGGCGUCUGCCUGGCAGCGUCUCCUCUGCAGCAGAUUUCUACUUCAGUUGGGACAGAGCACAACAAGACAGAGAGACAGAGAGAGAGAGAGGGAGAGAGAGAGAGAGAGAGAGAGAGGGGAGACCGAGGUUCACCACAGCUGAAUCCAGGAUUCUGCACAAGCGAGCUCCAUCAUGGAGGUCCCCAGGAGGCCUCAGCCCUCCUCCUUCACGCUGCCUCUCCCUAAACCGGCCUCCUCCGAUCUGUCGCCCAUCGGAGCCGUAGAGAAGGUCGCCAGGAAGGAGUCAAUGAAGGAGAAGCUCCAGGAGAAGAACGAUGGAGCCGCAGAGAGAGAUCAGUUCGGAGAGGACACAGAUGAGGAUCUCAAUGUGUUCGCGGAGACGCCGGGCGAACACUACGAACUUGCGGAUACAAACACUUCCGCCGUGGAAAUAAAUGUGAGACUUUCCUCACAGGAUAGUUUCUCAGAGGAGACCUUGAUGUCGGAGGAGCGGUUGGCAGAGGAGGCCGAAGAGGCCAAAAAGAAGAGUGAAGAGGAGGAAGUGGCGGCUAAGGAGAGGGCCGCCCAGAGACAGAUGCUGGCCAUAGAGGAGCUGGUCCACUCUGAGAGGAAUUACCUCCGACUGCUGCAGCUCAGCACUGUGACCAUCAGGAACAACCUGCAGCAACUACAGCCUCCUCCAGCCAACCUGGACAGCAUGUUUCUGUACAUCGAGGAUGUGAUCGACGUGUCGGGUCGACUCCUCAGCCUGCUGGACCAGAAGCAGGUUCAGCCUGGAGACCCUCGCUUCCUGGAGACACUCUGUGACUCGUUCCUCAGCCUCUCCUCAGACAUCGAGGCGGCCUAUAAGGAAUACCUGGCCAACUACAACCAGGUGACGGUGCUGGAGAACAGCUACAAACAGAAGGAGGCUCUCUGGAACGACAUCGUCAGAGUCAUCAAGACCUCAGCGCCUGAAAUAAACGCCACCUCUCUGAGCUUCUUCCUGGUGAUGCCGGUGCAGCGGAUCGCCCGCUACCCGCUCCUCCUGCAGACCAUCCAGAAACACACGGACAGAACCCACCCGGCGUACGCCCUUCUGGAGCGGACCGCCCACACCUCCAUCGCCCUGAACUGUCGCAUCAACGAGUACAAACGCUUCAGAGAAGUUGCUGACAAAUACAAGAAGACAGAAACUCUCACCAUAAAGGACAAGAUCAACCGCCUCAACACCCACAGCAUCGCAAAGAAGACAGCGAGGCUGAGCCAGCACAUCAAACAUGGGACUGGAAUAGCACCUAAGCGGGUGGACGAGGAGUUUGACGCUCUGGAAGGUUUCUUUUCCGUUCUGGAGCACGGGAUCCUGGAGCUCCUCGAGAACGUGGAGACGUACCUGUACCACCUACAGGCGUUCCUGUCCUGCAAAACAGAGGAGUUUGACUUGGACAUGGACGGAGAGAAGGCCCCUAUUUCCUACAAGGAGAUCACCACCGCUCUCAGACAGUGGAUUCUUCCUACAUUUGAGAAGAGGAUGCGGACGUUGAUCCACAAGCCGCUGUGUGCGCUCCGUGACCUCCUGGUGGGCCCGAGGAACCUGAUCAGGAAAAGGCUGGACAAGCUGCUCGACUACGAGUUGUUAGAAGCCAAAUCCAACCUGAGCUACGAGGAACAGGCCGUGGCCAACACCUACAGGACAAUCAACACGUUGCUCCUCACCGAGCUCCCCCAGUUUAACCGCGUGGCGCUGCAGAUGAUCUGGAGCAUGCUGGGAACGUUCAGCUGUCUGCACAAAGACCUCUCCUCAGACAUGGAGCAACUGUUCCAGAGCUUUGCACAGCAGCUCCCUCACAGCUCUCUCAACCGCGGUGCAUUCUGGGAGUGGGCCGAGUGUGCAGUGCUGGAAGGUGCGAGGAGGUUGGAGACUUUGUGUCGUAGUGUGGAGGACACGCUCUACGGCCCCGUCGUCCAGCCUCUGAAUCUAUCCUCUCAGCACCGUCUGAAGCAGCUAACAGAUAAGCACGGUUCCGGAAAGAUCUACCAGGUGAUGGGGACGGUGGUGGGCAGCCGGGACCUGGACCUGAACCUGGCCAGAGGAGAGCUGGUGGCCAUCAUCAGUGAGGCGGACAGCCGCGGAGACAAACGGAGGUGGCUGGUCGACGCAGGAGGCAGACGAGGGUACGCUCCUUCCUCGAAGCUGAUUCGCUAUCACCAGCCAACAGACGACCCGCCUCCUUCGCCACAUCUGACCCUCCCCGAUGGCGUGACAGGAAUCAGACGACACUCCUACACCCCAGAGAGCCAGCCACUGAAAGUCAUGAGCCAGCCUUGCUUCCAGGUCAUGGCGGCGUACAACUUCACAGCGAGGGGGAACCAUGAAGUUUCGAUGCGGGCCGGAGAGCAAGUACGCGUCCUGGAGCCCCACGACAAACGAGGGAACCCUGAGUGGAGCCUGGUGGAGGCGAGAGGUGGGAAGAGAGGCUACGUGCCCUCCAACUACCUCACAAUCACGCCUAUGGGGGCGGGGCCACCGGGCACGUACCAGCCCUACUGCUAGGAGGGAGGGAGGGAGGGAAGGAAGGAAGGAAGGAUGUAGAGAAUGAGGGGAUUCACCAAUACCGUCUUUAGGAAGCUUACAGCAGUAUUCUGGUAAUGCAGAUCAAACUGCUUCUCUCAUUUUUUUUCAUUUCUCUUCAGGACUUGAGCUACACCCACCUCAUGUGCAAAUUGUUUCAUGUACAUUUUAUUUAUAGUGCAGUUCAGAAACACAGAUUUGCCUGAGAGGGCUUCACAGCACACAGCAGCCUUUAUUGUUAGGCUCCGGGUUGAAUGAAGUAAUGUCGCAACUGUUUACAAGUGAAGGCUCAUCGGCCUUCUCUUAAGGUUUGUUCACACCAGACGCAAAGCGACAUUUUCACAUGCCGCGAUUAAAAUAUUAAGACGAUGAAAUAAGAUGCUAAUAACGGGAUGAGGAGUUUGCUUAAAACUUUCAUGACGCGGUGUUGAAAUUCUCCUCCUGUCGUCACUGACGUUGAAUCAAAAAUGGAGAAAAAAAUAUAUAUUUUAGGACAAAGACCGGUCAGAACUCUAAAUGUAUAAAUGUAUAUGUAUAAACCAUAGACUGUCUGUGGUUUAAACAGUAACUGCGCUGCCAUAUUUAUAAAGCUAAUCGAUGCUAACUUCAUUCAGAAAACAAGCGUUUUCAAACUUGUUUGCUUGUCGUUUCGCAGCAGACCUGACAAAGCAUGAAUUCAGAACUUUUUACAAAAUCUGCAUUAUUAGUUUAUGUCGGCAUCCUUUUUAUCCAUUUUAUAAGUGAGGUGCAAAAACGCUAGAAAGCCACUAAAGGAGUGUAAGGCUGGAACGUGUGCGGCAGAAGGCCCUGAGGAUCACCUUUGAUACGUCGACAGAGUUUUAAGAUUUCUCUGCUCUGCUGUGGACGUGAUCCCACAGAAUGCUUGAAAAAGAUAUAUGUGGAACACUGAAAAAUAAUGAAGGAAGCUACAGCCCUGGUGCUGGUAGUGACACGGUGCUUGCUCAUGAGCACUUUGGCCGGACAUAUGAGAUGGAUUAUAACUCUGCAUCAUCAGGCUGAAGGACGGUCUUCAAGUUGCACCGCAAAUCUUUAAUGGUCAUUAUUCCAAAAAAAAUGCACCGGAGACGAUGUGGAGAAUAGUUCUGAAGGCCCAUGGGUGUCAGCUGACCUCUGAUGGAAGAACUAUCCCAUGAUCCUCUGCUGCAGGACAAUAAGGACACUUGAAUUGGAAAGGAUAGCGCUGCAUGUUCUCAUUAGUCCGUGUUUUAGCGAGCUAAAUGCAACACUUGGACACACAGAGAGCAAACGGUGUGUGUGUGUGUGUGUAUGUGUGUGUGUGUG